GGCAUACCCACUCAAAAUUUUAAACAUACAAAUUAUACAUAUAUAUAUACACACAGCCUCACUCUCACUGCAUUUGUUAAUUGUCACUCAUCCUCUACUAAAAUGUGCCAAAACUGUGUCCACCGGUCUCCGGCGCCACCGGUUCCGGUGUACCGCACCCUCAUCGCAGUCUCUCUGUUCCUUCUAAUCAGUCCGGUCAUCGGGUGGCGUCCAUGGGCCAAUAAAAAAAUCAACGCCUCUGAUCUAGAGUUUGGAGGGUCCAAGAAAUACGAGGGUUCAUCUGAGUUUGUUCGCUUGAGGUACCACAUGGGUCCAGUGCUCACGGCCAAUAUCACCGUCCAUGUGAUCUGGUACGGCACGUGGCAGAAAACCCAGAAGCGGAUUAUCCGGGGUUUCAUCAGCUCGUUCUCGGCCGUUGAUUCCAAGCCCCCCUCCGUCUCCGGUUGGUGGAAGACCGUUCAGCUCUACACUGACCAGACCGGCGCUAGCAUCUCCGGUUCGGUGGUGCUCGGUUCAGAGAAGAACGACCGGUUCUACUCUCACGGCAAGUCGCUCACGCGCCUCACCAUACAAUCGGUGAUAAAAAGCGCCGUGACGGCACGUACGCACCCCUUGCCUAUCAGCCCCAAGAAUGGAGUCUACUUACUUCUGACAUCUGAUGACGUGUACGUCCAGGAUUUCUGCAGACAGGUCUGUGGGUUCCACUACUUCACCUUCCCGUCCAUCGUGGGGUACACGCUACCGUACGCCUGGGUGGGCAACUCUGCCAAGCUGUGCCCAGGUAUGUGCGCAUACCCAUUCGCCGUACCUGAUUAUAUCCCGGGGCUGAAGGCGCUAAAGUCACCGAACGGUGACGUUGGGGUGGACGGAAUGAUCAGCGUGAUUGGUCACGAAAUGGCUGAGCUGGCGACGAACCCUCUGGUGAACGCGUGGUACGCCGGUCAGGACCCUAUUUUCCCGGUAGAGAUUGCUGAUCUCUGCGAGGGUAUUUAUGGUACUGGAGGUGGUGGGUCCUACACGGGACAGAUGUUGAAGGAUCAUGAUGGGGCCACGUAUAAUAUGAAUGGCAUCAGACGGAAAUUCUUGGUCCAGUGGGUUUGGAACCAUCUGUUAAAAUACUGCACUGGCCCUAAUGCACUUGAUUAGUAAAAUUGUUUCUUUUGUGUGGACUUUAUCGUCCUUAUACAUUUUGGGUCCUCCUUUGAGAUUGCCAAGCCACAUUAAUCAUGAUUAGUUAAUUUAGUUAAGGUUGUUUAAAAUGUUUAGUAUAGUAGUAAUAAUAUUGGUAUACUAUUUUUGUAUACAAAUACCUGUUCCCGCCUUAUUCGAAGUAUUCAUUGUCUCGAGGAUACUUUACUACCCUUUUAG